ACACUAGAAUCAAGAAACCACGUACAAUUUUCUUGAAAAAGAAAAUCAAUAAAAAUGGCUUCUUUACUCUUCCCAUCGCCACCGACAACAACCACCACCAACGGUCGCUUACUUCCUUGUUCUCUUUCUCUACACCACACAAAACCCAUAAUCGUCCACUCACACCCAUCACCACCACCACCCUCAUCUCGCCGGAGAACCCUUCUUCCUCCACUUCGUGUAGCUGCUCCACCAUCCCCCACCACCACCAACGAUUCUUCAAUUGAUCUCGAAAUCGAAGAAUCUGAAACCACUUCUUCCUCCAAAUUCUCAUGGAGGGAUCAUUGGUACCCUGUUUCCUUAAUCGAAGACCUCGAUCCCAACCUCCCAACCCCUUUUACUCUCCUCAAUCGUGACCUUGUUAUCUGGUUCGAUAAAAUUAACAAUCAAUGGGUUGCUUUUGAUGACAAAUGCCCUCAUCGUCUUGCUCCUUUAUCUGAAGGAAGGAUUGAUGAGAAUGGACAUCUACAGUGUUCUUACCAUGGAUGGUCUUUUGAUGGAUGUGGGUCGUGUUCUCGGAUCCCUCAGGCGUCAUCGGAAGGACCCGAAGCUCGAGCUGUUCAAUCACCAAGAGCUUGUGCGACUAGGUUUGCGACAUUGGUGUCGCAAGGUUUGUUGUUUGUGUGGCCUGAUGAGAAUGGUUUGGAACUAGCUGCUGCCACUAAGCCUCCAAUGUUGCCUGAUGACUUUGAAAACCCUCAAUUUUCUACGGUCACGAUUCAACGUGAUUUGUUCUACGGCUACGAUACUCUCAUGGAGAAUGUUUCUGAUCCCUCCCACAUUGAUUUUGCCCAUCAUAAGGUUACUGGUAGGAGGGAUAGAGCUAAGCCACUGCCUUUUAAGAUGGAUUCAAAUGGCCAUUGGGGAUUUUCUGGAGAAAAUGAAGGGAACCCAAAAAUCAGUGCCAAGUUCAUUGCACCUUGCUAUUAUAUAAACAAAAUAGAGAUCGACACAAAACUUCCCAUUGUGGGUGACCAAAAGUGGGUAAUAUGGAUUUGUUCCUUUAAUGUGCCAAUGGCACCAGGAAAGACACGUUCUAUUGUUUGCAGUGCUCGAAACUUCUUUCAGUUUACGAUGCCUGGAUCUUCAUGGUGGCAGGUUGUUCCAAGAUGGCACGAACAUUGGACUUCAAACAAAGUAUAUGAUGGAGAUAUGAUUGUGUUGCAAGGCCAAGAAAAAGUCUUUCUGUCGAAAUCAAUGGAGGGUUCCACUGAUGUCAACCAGCAGUACACAAAACUCACAUUUACACCAACACAAGCUGAUCGUUUUGUAUUGGCUUUCCGAAAUUGGCUCAGACGACAUGGCAAUAGUCAACCUGAGUGGUUUGGUCAUGCCAACGUGCAAUCAUUGCCCUCAACAUACCUAUCCAAACGUCAGAUGCUGGAUAGAUAUGAGCAACACACAUUGAAAUGUUCUUCUUGUAAGAAGGCUCAUAAAACAUUUGAGACACUGCAGAAGGUUUUAAUCGGAGCAGCUGUUGUUUUUUGUGCUGCUGCUGGGGUUCCUCCUGAGAUCCAAAUUCGUGUCGCUUUUGCUGGGCUUGCAGUUUUAAGCGGCGGGUUGGCUUAUUAUUGUCAUGAACUCCAGAAGAAUUUUGUUUUUGUAGACUAUGUGCAUGCUGAGAUUGAGUAAACAAGGUAUCAUAUAUAUACAUCUUGAAGUAAACUCUGCCAUAUAUGUACUUUGGCCAUAUAAAUUAGACACUGUUGUUUAUACAGAACAUUCAGUAGGAUCAAAAACUUGUAUAGUUAGAUUUGUGUGCAUAUUAGCCGGGAUGCGCCAUUUUAAAUGCUAUUGUUGUUCUUGAAUUCUU